UCACCACUAUAUGUGCUGUAGCAACUUCAUUUUAUGUAGAUAAAAGGCAUGUUUAUCUCAGGGCCGUGCCGAAUUGAAGUUUCACAUAUAGGGGAUCUUCCUUACAUGAAUUGCAUUCGUCACAGUGAGUACGAAUAAAGGAUUAAUUACAGUGAAUUAUUUUCUUGAGGGUGUGUGUGUUUCUUGAGGUAAUACUGGUUUUAUACAUUCAUAUUGAGGAGCGGAUGAUUGUGGCUGAGUGUGCGGAUAGAUAGCGUGAAGACGGCUUUGCAGCUGCUGGGUGUGAGUAGCUGGCUGUGUGUGACAGGAACUCUGCAUUCCCAUAAAAGGCAACUGCCAGACUGUGUGAAGUAUGCACCCAGAGGGAGAGAGUAAAAUCUAGGCAGAUGAAGUGAAUGGCUGUUUUCAGAAAUGGAAUACCAAUUGAAUGUUUUAGUGUGUUAAUACAGGUGGAUUUCUCUCAACCUGGAAACCUGAGUACAACGGAAAAACGAUAGAUUAACAGGAUUAGGACAACAGACUGGCUCAAAAUUUUACAGCCUUGACCUCUUACUUUGUCCCCACCCUGAGAAGAAGCUUAAAGGACAUCUUCUCCUCCGGUUAUCGGUUACCAUCACUGGAAAUUUUCAGGCUGCUUUGCCAGCCCGGAAAGCCGAGGCUGACCUGGACUCCUGCUCUCCCCUCUACCAUCUUUGAUGUGACCCUGACUAAAUGCUGCAACAGCUGGACCCACAACAACAACCUGAAAAUGUCAACAGGGCUGCAGGAAAGCGAUCUCAUGCAGCAGAGACGGAGAGCGUUAAAUCCAAGGCUCGUUUCACUACACGGGGGAAAUUUCCAGAGAGCUUCAGCUGACAGAGCUGUGACGAGACGCCCAUUAAGCCCGGAUGAAAGGUGAGGCCGAGCAACAGAAUGCGGACCUUACCAACUCUGCAUUAACACUGUGCAGGACAGUGAUGGACCAACAUGGCAACAAAAAAGGCGUGCCAGAGACUGGAAGCAAUUUCAAGGAGCUCAGGUAUCAGAUGUUACCAAACGACGGCGUCGGGCCUGGAUAGCAGCCGUGAGACGAGCUGAUAUCACGUUCUGUUCCAUCUCCCGGUAUCACUUGGUGUGCUCCAGACAUUUUCAUUCCGGUAAGCACUAAAUAUGUUCAUAUCACACUUUAUAGCUGAAUAAUGUUAUCGUUGGUGGUCUUGGAAGUUACAGAAAAUGCGAUCAAACAUCGAAUGGAGUGACUUUGCAGACAUAUGUGCUAUGUGAAGAUUCGCUAAUUCUUUUGCACAACUGUAGGGAAGCCUCCCUACGAAAUGGAUCAAACAAAUCCAGACUGGGUACCAACGCUACACAUGGGGCACUCCGAAAUCCGAACAUCACAAGCAGACCGUCACAGGAGGCGAACAGAACGGGAACAAAAGAAAGCACUAGUAGGAGGCUUUCACAAUGGAGCAGCAAAGUGUGGAGGUGAAGCCUCAGCACAAGUUACCACAGAAGAGCAGCCAGAGAUGGACACCACAGAAGAGCAACACCAUAGCAACCCUGUGAUUUUGGCUGAGGGCCAGAUUUGUGACGGACAUGUAGAAGCAGAGGUAACAGGUGCAGAUGCAGAAAACGCUGAUGUCAGAGAUAGACAAAUGGAAGAUCAACGACCGACAAUUGACUGUGAGCGCUGUGUACAGAGCAGAGCAGAAAUAAACCGGCUGCUGGAGGAGAACAGAAAGCUUAAAUCACUGUUAGACAAGACAGAGCUGAAUGAAAACUUUUUAGAGGGUGACACGGAAAAAGUGAAAUAUUACACUGGUCUUACGUGUUUUGCUAUUUUUAUGUCUGUGCUAGACUAUGUAAAAGCUUUCCUACCAGCAUCAAAGAAACUGUCGCAUUUCCAAAUGCUCUUACUCACACUUAUGCGACUUAGACUUGAUCUUCCUGUCCAGCAUCUUAGUUAUCUAUUCAAUGUCUCCCACAAAACUCUUUCUUCUGUCUUUGCUGAUACAAUUGAAGUUUUGUAUGGCCGCUUAGGAGUAUUGGUACACUGGCCAGAGAGGCACUGUUUGCAAGCAACAAUGCCUCCACAAUUUAUGGAAACUUUUGGAAAUCGGGUAGCCAUCAUUGUUGACUGUUUUGAAAUUCGUACAGAACGACCAUCUAAUUUAAAGGCUCGUGCUCAAACGUACUCGCACUACAAGGGUACACACACCAUGAAAUACCUGAUCGGGAUUACCCCCCAAGGUGCAGUUUCAUUCACUUCUAAGUGCAUCAGAUAAACACAUCACAGAGCAAUGUGGUAUACUUAACAAGCUGUUACCAGGGGAUGUAGUUUUGGCAGAUAGAGGCUUUGACAUCAGAGAUGCGGUGGGAAUGAUGUGUGCGGAGGUUAAGAUCCCAGCAUUUACA